CAUAACAAUACAUGAGUAGAACUCAUAGUAAGUAGUAGUUACACAGUGUUUCGUCAAGGUGUGUCUGUUGCAUUUUUAAGACGGCGUGUGCUGUCAGUAAUUGCAAGUAACAAAUUCUUCGUCUUCGUGAAAGCUAUUUGAUAAGUUCAAAAUGAAUUAUGGAAAAAAAUCACCCAGCAUGGGUACUCCCUCAGUUUAUUCUCACAUGACAAUACGAAGUAGCGCGAAUCUCAGAUCAUCUAGAUCAGUACGCAGUGUGAAAAUUCCAUGGUAUCAAAAGCCAUUACUGUCAAAUGCAAUUGUUCUUGAUAUUCAAAGAGGUGCUCUGAUGACUUCAAUAUUCUCUUUGUGUCUAGCGAUAUUCACCAUCAGCACAGCAAUAUUCGACAUUUAUUGUCUUUCGCAAGCUGCUCCUGGUUCAGUGCAUUAUGGAUAUUAUGUUAUAUCCUAUGAAUUUGUUUAUGUGGGCAAUCAGCAUGUUCGCAAUGCAUUGAUAAUUUUUGCUUUAUUCUCCAUGUUGGGAGGAAUUGUCGUAUUCGUUACUUCACUGAUGUUGAUUAAUGCUUUGAGAAAGGAAUAUGAAAAAAAGAUGGUGCCAUGGCUGUAUGCUUUUGCUGUCUUCACGUUAUUCCGACUAUUUGCCUUUAUAUUCUUCAGCAUUGUGAAUGAUAUGAUAUUUGCUUACAAUAUUAUGAUGUGUCUACUGUGGAUAGUAUUCAUAUGUUUCUCUGUAUAUGGAUGGCUUAUUGUAUACUCUCUCUACGUCGAAUUGAGUGACUUGACCAGAUUGGAAGAUUUAGCGCAUUUAAGGAUUGGUACAAUGCAAUCUUUGAAUGCUUCAACUACGCAUUCUAUUGCGGGUUCUCGACCGACUACUCCACAUAGUACAGUGUCAACAAUGCCAGUUGCCUGAUAUUAAAUCUCAGUCGAUGCAAUUUGAUAUUGCGUCUUAUUGCUUUUUCACUAGGGUCACACGAAAAUAUUUUGAUUAAUAUUUAUGAGAAAAAUUAAUUAUAUAUUAAUCCGUUCUUUCCGUCCAAAUGCAGAACGAUUAAAUUGGUUUUUCAACCGACUAAAGAGAUUCGCAAUAGGAUAUGUCCUCAUUGAAAAACUAAGAUUUUAAGGGAUAACGAUAUAUCACAGUAAUAUUUUCCGUGUAAUUGUUAUAUGAUUGUUAUACAAUAUUUGAUAGUUAAUAUUGGAUAAAAACAGUUUAAGGGUUUAACAAAUACUUUUCUCUUACAAUCCAAAUCGAUGUAGUUUGACAGUUUACGUAGUCGUACUACGAUGUUAAUGAAUUCUGUUAGAGCAAUCAGUUGUACAUAACAAUGUGUCCAUCUGUGCAUGUAAAAAAAAAGGACGAAGUUAUAUCUUGUAUGAUCUUAUCUGCAAAAUUUUUAUAUCUACUAUUUAUUAUAUAUAAUCUGGAAGUGCCUGAGCGUGUCUCUACAUCAUGCAAUAUGCAAAUCUGUUCAACUCCAAGUCUGAAUGAUAUAAUCCCAAUAAAAUUCUAGUUUAUAGUUUUAAAGUGUAUGACAGAUAUGUGCACAUUGUUAAAUGAUAUUUAGAGAGUGACUGAAGCUAGUUUUGAAUCUUAUAGAAUACGAGCACAUACAUUCCGCUGAUUAUUUUUGGAUAAUCAAUAUUUGUUUAUCAUCGUGCUACGCAUUAGAGUAUCGUCAUAGGUUUGUCGGAAAAAUAGGAAAUUUGGCCAUUGAGUGUGUUCUCUGAAUUUUUCGGCCUAUACGACUAUUUUGACAAAAUUUUAUAGGUUUAGUUCAAUUUUUUUUCGAACACUUUAAAUAAAAGUAAGGCUUAAAGCCAUUUAGUUACACACGUGGAGGCAGUGCGCGGAUAUAACGUGAUGAUACAUAGCAGGCUUUUGGACAGUUUUUCUCGUCUAUUUUUCAUUAUGUUGGUAAAAUAUUGGUAAUAUAGAAUCUUGCACUAUUUAGACUAGACUAAACAAGCUAAACUCGACAUACGUUGCAAAGAUAUCUUAAUUUCUAAAACAUCAAAAACGAAUUAAGUAAUUACUGACAUAUUAAAUCGAUAUAGGAAUCGCUAUUGCGUCUUCUUCAUUUUGGAAUGUUGAUCUUAAAAAAAUGUCGAUCUCAACUGGAAAUUUUACUACAUUCUUUUUUUACUAUUGAAGAUUGUGCAAGCACUAUUCUUUUACGUGAGUAUAACGAUAUAACGAUAUAAUGUAAUUCAACAUUUGUAGCUGUUUUUAAAUAACUGAACAGUCGAAACUUAAAAAUUUUCGCAGUUUUGACAUCAUACUAUAAACAUCUUUUACAUCUCUGUUUGAAUUUACUGUCGAACAGCGUUAAAAACGAAUGUUAUAGGUUGCAUAAUAUUAUCAUGUCUUGUAAACUUUUAAUUGCUAACCUAGGUGUUAAAAAUUUAUGUAAUUUUGAAAUAUUCCGUCCAAUUCUAGUUUUAAUCAUAACAUAAAUACUUUAUUUCUAUAAUUCCGAUAUUUUAACAAUAUAUGGCACAGUGUUUUAUGCGCGAACUUGUUUAAUACGUUCAUUAUGUACAUACAAAUCUAAAAUGCAGCAGGAAUAAAAUUUUUUACAUUA